GUAACAUCUCUGCCACUCCCCUGCCUGCUGGGAGUAAUAAGUCCUAAGACCCAAAGAUAAAGCUUGCACCAGCUUCGAGCAGCCCCUCUGAGAGAAUGCAUCUUCCUGCUCUCCAUCUGCUGCUCUUCCUCCUGGGCUCCAGCGCCAAGGCUGGGGAGAUCAUCGGGGGCACAGAGUGCAUACCACACGCCCGCCCCUACAUGGCCUAUCUGGAAAUUGUCACUCCCGAGAAUCACCUGUCGGCUUGCAGUGGCUUCCUGAUAAGACGAAACUUCGUGAUGACUGCGGCACACUGUGCAGGAAGGUCUAUAACAGUCCUCCUAGGAGCCCACAACAAAAAAGUAAAAGAAGACACAUGGCAGAAGCUUGAGGUUGAAAAGCAAUUCCCUCAUCCAAAAUAUGAUGGCCAUUUGGUUCUCAACGACAUCAUGUUACUGAAGUUGAAGGAGAAAGCCAACUUAACCCUAGGUGUGGGAACCCUCCCAUUCUCAGCCAAAUCAAACUCCAUCCCACCUGGGAGAGUGUGCAGGGCAGUUGGCUGGGGCAAAACAAACGUGAAUAAGCCACCCUCUGACACGCUGCAAGAGGUGAAGAUGAGAAUCUUGGAUCCCCAAGCCUGCAAACACUUUGAGGAUUUUCACCAAGAACCCCAGCUGUGUGUGGGCAAUCCCAAGAAGAUGCGAAAUGUAUACAAGGGAGACUCUGGAGGACCUCUCCUGUGCGCUGGGAUAGCCCAAGGCAUCGCGUCCUAUGUACAGAGGAAUGCAAAGCCCCCUGCUGUCUUCACCAAAAUCUCCCAUUAUCGGCCCUGGAUCAAUAAGAUCUUGAGGGAGAAUUAAAUCUGGAGCCUGGAGCCUGUGAGGAAAUCUGAAGCUGGAAUUGAGCAGGGUUUUGUGCCACGUGCUCGGGCCUGUCUUAUUUUCUGCUGAAGCCCUGCCGAUCCCUGGCCUCCCUGAAGGUUCUUACAUGUCUCAGAAAGCUUCUAAAGGUCAAUAAACCUCAAUAAAGACCCAGAUUCUA